AUGCGAAAACUGAAAAUGUUGAAAAUUCAUGGUCAACAGGGUAAGAAGCCAAGUGCCGAAGUCUUACAACGUCGUAAGGAAGGAAGAAUGAAGGCGGCCAUAACAAUUGCAGAAAAUUUGAAGAAAACAGGUAUAGGAAGGUUUGAAGAUGAAAAUAAGUUCAACCUUACAAGUGUGAGGACAAUUCCAUUAAUCAAUCAAAAAAAUUAUUAUACUGAUUAUUUGAAAAAGGAUGAACAAGUAUCGUUUGUUAGAAAUUGGAGAACAGAAAGAUUAUUGCAACAAAAAAUUAAGAAUAUGAAGAAAAAUCCCACAACUAGUAACCAAAUUAAGAAGGAUGAUGAAGUUAAAAAUUUCGACGAUUUUGAUUUAAAUGAUAUUGAAAUCGAAAUGAGUAAACAAAAGAAUUCAAAGGAAGCUGAAGCUGCCGCCGCCGCUGCCGCCGCUGCAGCAGAAGAGGAGGAAGAAGAAGAAGAAGAAGAAGCUGAAAACGAGGAAGCCAAUGAGGAGAAAGUCAAGAUGGGAUUUGAUACAAUUGUGAUACAUCCAGGAUCAUCUAAUAUUAGAAUUGGACGAGCCACUGACUCGUAUCCUAAAACCAUACCAACUGUGAUUGCGGUCCCUAAUGCUAUUGGUAAAAAGAUUGAUUCUAGUAAAGUUAGUCCAGAAAGAUAUGUUGAUGACGAAGGAGAAAUCCAGAUCAAUGAAAAGUUUGAUGAGGCCAAAUCGAUUGUCACGAAAGAUUUUAAAUCAAGAAUGAGAUAUUAUAAGAGAAGAAUGUUACCUAAUUCUCGAGAAACAGCUUCGAACUUCAAUAAAAAGCAAGAGCCCGAGAUUAUACCGGAUCAUAAUGAUCCGUAUAAGAAAGAUUGGAUUGAUAUUAAGAGUAUACCAGCAGAUAAGAAGUUUUUCGUUGGAGAAGAAGCGUUAAAAUUACCCAUCUGUGAAGAUUAUCAAGAAUGGAUAUUGAGGUAUCCUAUUAAGAAUGGGAAUUUUAAUCAAUCGAGUGAAAUUUAUAAAUCCAACCAUGAGAUCUUAGGCGAUUUAGAAAACAUAAUAAUUGAAUCAUUAAAUGAUUUUGAAGUGAAAAGGGGACAGUUAAAUCAAUUGAAAGCUAUGUUGGUGAUACCUGACUUAUAUGAUAAAAAAUAUGUUGAAAAAUGGGUUGAAUUAUUAUUCAAAUACGUUGGAUUUGGCAGAGUUGGAAUAAUUCAAGAAUCAGUAGCGGCAACUUUUGGAGCAGGUGCCCUGACUGCAUGUGUUGUUGAUGUUGGAUCACAAACGACAUCUAUUGCUUGUGUCGAUGAAGGAAUGAUUUUAAAUAAUCUGAGAAUUAAAUUAAAUUAUGGAGGAGAUGAUAUAACCAAAACUUUUAUAAAAUUAUUAUUACAACAACUGUUCCCGUAUAAAGAGAUUAAUUUAGAGAAAAAAGUUGAUGAUUGGGAAUUAGCUACUAAUUUAAAGCAUAAUUUCAUUACAUUCCAAGAUGCUGAUAUAGCGGUACAAUUAUAUAAUUUCUAUAAAAGAAGACCAUUCAAAAACACUGAAAAAUAUGAAUUUAAAGUUUAUGAUGAAGUUAUGUUAGCUCCUUUAGGAGUGUUUUAUCCAGAGUUGUAUCAAAUUCCACCAUAUUUCACUAAUGAUAAAUUAUUUAGUGAAAGUGUUGAUCAAUAUACUAGUAAAUCAAAUAACCCAUAUUCCAGAUCCCAAGAAAUGUUGGGUAAUCAAGAAAAUUAUUGUGAUAUGUUAGAAGAAGUAUUAUUAAAGAAGUUAGUGGAAGAGAAAACCAAAAUUAAAAAUACCAAUCCAUAUCAAAGACCCAAAUUCACCAAAUAUAGUUUUGGCGACGAGUCGGAAGAAGAAAAGAGAUUUAAGCCAGAUGAAAUGCCCACCUUGACAACUUCAUUAGAAAAAGCCAUUAUCGAAUCAAUCACCAAUGCCGGACUUGCCAAUGACUUGAGUAAAAUUAAAAAAUUAUACGAUAAUAUCUUAAUUGUUGGUGGGGGGUUUGCUAAAAUAAGCGGAUACGACUUGAUUUUAAAUGAUCGUAUUAAUAUUUGGAGACCAAAGUUUUUAUCAACUAGUGCCCUUGAUGACAUUAUCGAAUACGUUACUAAUGAACAAAAUAAGCUUGAUCAAUUGAAAAAGGAAUUGAUCUUACAAGAAAAACAUAAAAAGAAACAACAUCUUAUGGAAACUUCAAGCCAGCAACAGAACAUUCCUUCCAACGUGGAAGAUAUCGAGCUUGACGAGGAUGUUUUAUUGCAAAUCCAAAACCAAACCAACUUGGAUAUCGAUUUGGAUUAUAUCGACUCCAUCAGCGAACAGGGCCAAUCUUUCUCCGUCAACGUCUUACCUCCUCCCAGAGAAUUCGAUCCGGAAAUGCUAACCUGGAAAGGUGGAAGUGUUUACGGAAGGUUGAAAGUUGUCAAUGAAAUGUGGAUCACCUACAAGGACUGGGACUUGCUAGAAAGCAGAUGUCUUUCCUAUAAAAGUUUAUUCAAUUACUAACCUAUUUAUACAUACAUAUCCUAUUCUGAAUCAGUGUAGAACCGUUGAAAUCCGGGGUAUUGCUUAACCCCAUGCCUGGACGUUAUACCUCUAAAUUUCCCUGCUUAUGUAAUCGACGGGCCACUGGAGCGUUCCGGUCCUCCCCGAGCCAGAGCUCCCGGUGCGAAUCGGAGUUCAGGAACCCCCUGGGGACCGGCAGAAAGCUCCGUACACCAGAAAAUCCCACCCACGAAGCAAAAAAUGACAGACCCAUACCUCCGUCCAUCCCCCAAGUGAAUAUUCAUCUUCUGGAGAGCAUCCGUUGGUCCUCUCCCGCUGAAUCAAUCGGGGUUUAACCUCGAU